AACAUGCUGUAUGUUUUGUGGGAGGAGGGAGGGGCGGGCUUAGAUUCGCCAAGCGCAAGCGAGUAAUAACAUGCUUCCUCGCGGGCAGACGACCAAACACACCUUCCAGUCACACCACUCGCGACAACACUCCUACCACCGCUGGCAGGAGGACUCCAACCGUCCCUCACUCGCCCCGACCGUUGGCGCAAGUCGUUCCGCCUGCGAUGUACAAUGUUUUUCGGUGGUAGAAGAUGAAAGGAGCCGCCUUCUCGCUACAAAGCGGAGUCUGACAGGUGUUGCACCCAUCAAAUUAUCAGGUGUAGCGCCAAGAUACUUUGACAGUUACAUUAGCCACGAUACCUGGUGUGGUCCAGUAUAAUGGCAAAAAUCGUCAUCAGGUGAAAAGAUAGAGACAUCUGGAAGUGAUGCUGCAGAAAAGCUAAGAAUCGUCUCGAUGACUAAGCAAGUUGGCGAUGUCGGGAACCACCACAUCUUGCAGACCAUCACAGAGACCUCCCAUUCGGCGAGACCGGCUUGUAUGCAUCGCCAGUUGCCAAUGGACAAUCUUCGACUACUGCUGUUUCUACCUCCAGGAUCACGCCCACCUUAGUGCCAGGGGGAAUAGUGCAGGUGCCUCGUCUCCCGGGGAAAAUCAUAUUUACUAACAACCCGCUAGCAAUGGAAGACCAGAACCCAGAAGUCAAUCCGAAAAAGGAUUCUUCGAUUCAAGAAAAACAGUUCCAGAGAGACCCAAUAGUUUACCACCUAUUUCUUUCCCUAAAGUCCAGCAGACGGAAGCAGGUCCACAGAAGAAACAGUCGGAAGGCUCCAUGGUGCAGAUAGUGGAGCGGAUGCGAGUGAGAGAGAAGACGUUGUUAGGAUCCGACAUGUCGGGAGACAUGGGUGGGAUGGGCGCCUUCAGAUACACAGGCCCAAUCCUCGGCUCUCAAAUUUACUUCUCCAGCAGAACCUUCCAGAACAGAGGGAAGGGUGGCCAGCAACGCUUGGGAGAACAGUGUCGCAGAAGAUGGUCAAAAACUGGUUCCACAUUCUGAGCGACAGGCGCCUGCCAGCCAUGCGCAGUCACAAAACAGCAUCAAAGGAUUCAGUAACCGGAAGCCGGAAGUGUCGCAACAUAAAGACAGAAGCAAUGCAGCAGGUUGUAUGUGAGGCAGCAAGAUACCCCUCAGACGUUCAGCCAUCGACAGGAAGUGACGAAUGAACGGGUGGACGAGCACUUGACGUCACUAACUGAAACUGACAGGGGUCACAAGCGUCACGUGGAGGAGGACGAAGUGGAUUUUGAUUCCGACGACGAAGAAGAAAAAAGCAAAGCCCCGCGGGCGGCGGGCAGGUUGUCCAGAGAUAUCCGGGAGGUGUACGAGAGGGCGUGUGCACACCUUCACGUGCAGCCAAGCCGCGCCUUCAGCAAACAGUGCAAGCAUGCUGUGGUGGAACUGAGGGACAGCAAGAUGGGGCCUGGGGACAUCAAACCCAUCGCCAUUGCACUGGUGAGAGAAAGUCAUCUGUGCGUCCUUGACCUCUCACACAACAACCUGGGUGCCCUAGGGGUCAGCUACAUCGCAGAAAUGCUUCAGGAGAAUAAAAGCAUCGUAGAUUUGAAUCUGUCUGCCACGAACCCUGGACGGGAAGGGAUCCGGGCACUUUCUGAGACAUUACGUCAUAACCGGUCCCUCUCCGUGCUUAGACUGGAGGAAAACCGGAUUGAGCACACAGACUCACAGCUUUUGGCCGACAUCAUUAAGACCUCGCCAUCAUUAAGGUCCUUGCAUCUCGGACACAACAGGUUGGGCUACUAUGGGGGCGCUGCAAUCGCUGAGGCCAUUGCCCACAACAACAGCCUUGGCACACUGGAUCUGCAAUGGAAUCACAUACGACGCGACAGCGCAGCGUCCAUCGCACGCGCUCUGGGGACAAACAAGGGUCUGCACACGCUGAUCCUUGCCUGGAACGGGGUGGGCAAGGAAGGGUGUCUGGCGCUGGCACAUGCGCUGCCUAAAAACAAGGCUCUGCGUGAGCUGGACGUCACGUGCAACCGCGUGGACCUGCUGGCCCUCAGCUUCCUCAUGAAGGGAGUGGUCGGCAACAAGGGGCUUCGAACACUCAAGGUGGGAAAUAAUCCGCUAACAACAGACGCGAAAGCCAUGAUUUCUGCUGUGACGUCAGCUUCCAGUCUCGAGCUGUGCGAGAUCGACAUUUCCGGCGUUCCGGUUGACCAGGAGUUCAUCAACAUGGUGAAAACCGCACAAGAGACGAGAGUAUUGCGAGUCAAGCACGAGGAAGUCAUCACCAUGGCGACUAGCGACCAGAAACGCGAACACGACCCCACCAACCUUAGCCGCUUCGACCCGAUCAUGGUGCUGUUCGAGUACAUGAAGCUGGACAACUUGCGGGUCAUCGACAUGUUCCAGUUCAUGGACACCCGCAAGCGGGAGAAGCUCAGCCGCAAUGACAUGCGCGACGGUCUGAACACGCUGAAGAUUCCUCUGACAGAGUAUGCUCUGGACGUCAUCAUUGAGAAACUCGACUUAAAUAAAGACGGCUUUGUGGAACUCGAUGAGAUGAUGAAGGUUCAUCGAGAGACGAUGCGUCAGAUCAAGCUGAGAACCAUCAAGGCCAAGGCCAAGAAACGCGAGGACGAGAGCCUCAACAGCCUGCGCCAGACCCUGCGUGACGUCAUCAAGAAGAGGAAAGAGGAGAACGAGACCCGACGCGACAGCGUUGCCAAGACGACCCAGGGUAGGAAGUCCAGCGUGGGUGUGACAGGUCUGAUGGCAUCUCUGCAGAUGACGAAGACAAAGCAAUCAAGGUCCAACGCCCAGAGACCCAAGAAGUCACUGCAAGCGGGCAUCACAGAGUGAAAGAACCUCUGCACCACGUGCUGCCAUAACUCGGAGACAUGACUCUUUCAUCCACCAAGUCCUCAAAUCAUCUACAAUUCCCCACAUCGCACAAGGACCUCCAAAGUAGAGGGUCUGUGGCAGAAGGUCGUUGGUUAGACCCCUGAUCGGACCUGUAGCUGGAAUACUCUCCCCUGCCCAUCUAGCAACUAUUGCUUGAUUUAUGAGAAGAGGUAAAUGUGGCGAAAGAGACGGUUGAUUUCCUUCUACGUGUCAUCCCCUAGACACAGUGAACCACUGACACUCACUGCCCCUACGGCUAAUGGGAAUAAAACAUUUUACACAUUUUGUAAAACACGACCAGAACUGUCCAAGGUCUGGAGAAAACUCUGAAAAGUUUAAUUUCAGACACUUGUCUUGUUUUGCAUGGUUGUCUAUAGUAUGAUAAUUUAUUUUCUAAGCCAGGAACAUUGCGCUCAAUACUUGUUUUCAUAAACAGCUGCUGAAUUGCUGCCUUGAAAAGUAUGACGUCUUGACCAAGAAAAUCAUUUUAUUUAUACACCCACCGACUUUCGCAAAUCAAAAUAUUUUUGUGAUAGGUACAGAGAGAAAGAGAUGGAGGGGGGAUGAGUGCUACUAGAGGUCACAAAAAUAAGUGACGCAUAAAGAUAACGUUUGUACCAUCUUAGGUACAUAUUAAGCUUACUCUUUCUAAAGAACAAUAAUAAUAACUUCUAUGCAAUUUAAGUCACCACCAUCUAUAUAGCGCCAUGUAGCAGGCGUUUCAGUAAUAAUAUCGAGAAAGAAGAAUAAAGUACUAACUGACAUACAACGAAACAGUUUAUUAACGAGUAUAAAGUUGAUCCAUUUGUAAAAAUCUUCCGUGAUAUCUGCUGUAAAAUUCUCUUGUCCUGCGUUGUUCAAACCAAUAUUACAUCACAACAGAUCAACUUAAUUAUUAGUUCUUUAGUCAUAUGUGCAGACAGGCAAAGCAUGAAACUGUUUUGCUGUGGGCAGUUUGGACAAUAUCGUACAUGUGUCCUCGACCUUGCUUUCGCUGUCUCCACUCAGAAGUAAACAGCCACAGGUAAUAAUUAAAGGGACGCUACUGUAUAUGUCUCGUUCGGUUGGCAGCGAGAGUUACCUUUCGUCAUUUGCCGAAGUUUAUCCUUUCGCUCUGUUGACAUGGUUAACACACUGGGCAGGGAUUUUUACUGCUUAAUCCUGACUUCCACUGUUUUAACAUGCAGUAGACAAAGAGCUAUAGAUCAACGUCUGUAGUUGACAGCCAGAGCCGGGACAUUAAACGACAGAGUAAUGAGUAAUAAAAUAACGUGACCUCUGACCCACAGUAACUUUUUUUUUUAGAUCUAUACUCCUUCCGGAUGCAUAAAAUAUUACAGUAAGCUGUUUGUUUGAUGCACCUACAUGGAAAUAGCCAAUAUAUGCAUCACUUUCUUUAACUAAUUGCCAAUUCUAGCACAAAUUGUUUAUCAAAAUGUCCGCCACUUGUAAAUCCAAGUUGCAUCCCACCCUCACUUGCAACUGAACGCAACCAUUUGUAAGCCUGAUCUCCAUGGCACUCUACGUGUAGUGUCACCCAAAAAUGAAAAUUUAAUUUAUUAAUCUGUUUUAAUGACCAUCUAAUGGUAUUCCUAGUACAAAACUCUGCACUGAGUACAAGAAUACAGAAGCACUGCCAAGGCGACGGGAUUAACACCAACUUUUCUGCUUCGUAUUCUCUUUAUGGAGAGUGUCACGGAUGAAAAUAUUUUAACUCGCAACAGCCCUCCUUUCAGACUCUCAGCCCUCCACAGUAAUUUCUGGAGCAGCUAAAGCAGAUACAAAACGAAACAAAAGCUCGCAUUUCAAGAACACAAAAGCCAAAGAAAAAUUUGUUUUAAAAAGAAAACAGCAUUUAUUUAGUUCUGAGCUUCGCGGAAAAAUUCAAAAUGUAGUAGACAGCUGCUCACCAUUCAUUAGUUUAACAGCCAUGACAUCAGAAAGAAUACUGACAUUUAUUAACCCGGAAGUAGAUGUAGAAGGCAGCUCCAGAAAGCCUCUAGAAAUACUAUACUCACUCUAAUGUGUCGGUAACAUCCAACUUACGUCGCUCGGUUUUGGUUUUACCAUCGCACUUCUUUUUCUUUUGCUAUAAGAUGGAAGACCUAGCAUAUAUGAAGUUUAGGCGGGCAGGUGAAUACAUAAACAACGCAUAAAUGCAUGAGGAUGUGCAUGGACGCACGCAAACACUCAAAAACAAAAAUUUGAUUCAGCGAAACGUGCUUGCGCCUACAAAGCGGAAGUGCCUGAGUUAUUAUCGCCCUUUGCAUGGAACUGGAGAUGGGACUGCGAGCUUAGCGUAGUACGGAGUGCUUCGCAGGAGUUCUGGGUCACUUGAAUGCAACAGGGAACAUCUAGCCACUCCUCCAUCAUUUCUUGCAAACAUUGUCAGAUUACAGCAAAAAA